UGCAUUAGGAGCUUCAGCUAGUUAGAUAGAACCAACCUAAUUUCCUAAAUGGAGGAUGUCCAGCAUCAAUUAGCCCCCUUUUCUUCUCAGACUUACUGUCCCUUGCCUGCCCCUUUUAUCCAUUUGAUUUUCUGUUCUUUUAAUUAUUGCAUCACAUAUGGGUGUUACCAGGGGCGGACUGACAACUCAUGGGGCCCCCGGGCAAUAGGGGAUCAUGGGGCCCCUGUGUCCUUGCCGAAACUCAAAAAAGCCUAUGAAAAAGGUACCAGGGGCAUCUCAUGGGGCCCCCUACUGACCCUGGGCCCUCGGGCAGUGCCCGUGUUUCCAAAUGGUCAGUCCACCCCUGGGUGACACUUCUGAACGAUAGAAACUGACUGCUGGAAAACGUAGAUUAAACAUGUCUAUUUAGCCGCGUUUGCAUACUGCGUUUAUGAGCGUUUGCGUUUAGAAGCGUUUUUUUUUUUUUAAGAUAACCUCA